CUUUUACACAUGUGUCAAAAAUGUUUUUGCUUUGCUUUUUGUGGUGAUUUCCAUUUUUUGUCCUCACAAAAAAAAACAGAAACUUUUUUUGAGAAGAAUGGACCUAGAUAACUGUGAAAUUGGCCAAAAACUAAUUGUAGAACUUGAAGAUGAAAUUCUAGUCGGUGAUUUAACACUUAUCUCAAAAGAUAAACGUUUAAUUGAACUAUCAAAUGUAAGAGAGUUUAAUAGUGGCUAUGUUUUUACAUCAGCCCAAUGCAUCCCAAGGCCAUUAAUCAAGUCAAUUAAAUGCUGCAAAGACGAAGACGCUGAUGCCGCUGAGUCUUUGACUUCAAGUUCAGAUCAAGAAAAUGAUCGACCAAAAUCGGAUUAUCUAGUUCCAAUUACCUGUGAUGAACUUGAUCGUAUACAAUCGAUUGUCUCUUCGUCGAUUUACAUUUUUCAAGUUGAUCAGAGAUAUCACAAAGCAAUUACAAAUCUCAAACAACAAAGUACAAUUGGCUUGCAUAUUGAGCCAUCGAAUUUUGGGCGCCAUAAUCGUACCUCCCUGUUGGCAUUGACAACGUGUCAAAAUAUUUACAUUUUUGACCUUAUUUCGCUUGGCGGGAUUUUCAAAGAUUUGAAAAAUAUCCUCCAAGCGAGAUCGCCUAAAAAAGCCGUUUACAAUUCAAAUAAAAUAGCUGACAACCUCCAAUACAAACACAAUGUACAAUUGGAGGGAAUAUUUGAUAUAUUUGUAGCUCAUUGCCUUAUUUCAAAGCAAAAAGCUUUGACUGAAUUUGAUGAGUGUGUUGCCAAUUAUCUAAACAUUCCCAUCAAUUAUUUUCAAGGAGACGAUGAGUUACAAGUAAAAAUCUACGAUAGACCUCUGCCAAAAACUCAUUUGGAUGUACUUUCUAAAAAGGCAGCGUUCCUUUUGAAACUCUAUGAUCACAUGGUUCAUGAAAUAAUGCUCAAGAACUUCUAUAAACAAUGCAAAGAAUAUUCGGAAACAUUUACAAAAAACGAAUGUGAUGUGGAAGUGGCCAUGCAAAUGGCACCUAAUUCAACACACGGAAUUGGUUGUAUUGGAGAUACGGAAUGGGCAGAUUUGCUCGAACGUCAUUUGAAAUUGUAGACUAAUUUAAUGAAAAAUCUAGUGUGAUUUUGUACAAAAUAUUUUCUAGUUUGUAUAUAAAAUAAGAGCAUUAUUAUAACUUUUUGAUAAAUUUAAAUAUAAUUUGUAGCAUGUUCAUUUA